AUGGGUGCUUACGCUAGUAUAGCAUCGUUAGCGGAGCGGGUGGAGCUCGAGGGGGCGGUGGAGGAGGCGGUGGGGGUGGCGGGGGGAGUGGGGGUGGAGGUGGGGGUGGUGGCGGGAGUUGAGGUACUGGUGGCGGCGGUGGAGGCGGAGGUGGCGGCGGAGGUGGUAGCGGAGGAGGCGGUGGGAGCGGUGGGAGCGACGGUCCUGGUGGGGGAGGUGGAGGUGGAGACGGGGGUGGCGGUGGAGGCGGGGGUGGCGGUGGAGGCGGGGGUCGGAGUGUGUCCCAGGUAG